AUGGCUUCCAACAUCAUCCGCCAAAGAGCGCUGUCUUCGCUCUCACACACGGCUCGCUCGGCGCCAAUGGCCGCGCGCGCGACCGCCACGCCGUCGACACGGCGCUUCCUGAGCGAAAAGCCCGGCCUGGCGUCGACGGACAUCAGGGACAUCGGCGACGCCAGGAAGACGAACCCGCCGCAGCCCAAGAUCUCCAACGCCAGCGUGGGCGACGAGAAGCUCACCGACGAGCAGCAGCGCGAGGUGGACGAGCACAACAAGGACUUUGAGAAGAAGCACGACACCGCCGCGCCGGCCGGGAAGGACAAGGUCGACAAGAAGUUCUGGACCAAGCGGGGCGGCAGCGAAUGA